AUGGAGAUGGUAAACAAAAUGGUGUCUGAGAAACCCGUGGUUAUCUUUAGUGAGACUUCAUGCUGCAUUAGCCACACUAUCAAGUCCCUCUUUUACGACUUUGGCGUGAAUCCAAAAAUUUACGAGCUUGACGAGAGCUCUAUGCGUAGGGAAAUCGAGCAAGCGCUCUCGAGGCUCGGUUGUAACCCUCCUUUGCCGGCCGUGUUCAUUGGUGGGGAGUUUGUGGGUGGAGCAAACGAGAUCAUGAGCCUCCAUCUCAAGAGAUCCUUAAUACCCAUGCUGAAAAGGGCUGGUGGCCUGUGGCUCUGA